GAGAGAUUCCUUCCUCUCUCUCUCUCUCUCUCUCUCUCUGUUUCUCUCUCUAACAUGUCAUCGGAUAGCUGCAACUCACGCCACUUCUCAUGGCUCAUGAAAUCUUGUUUCCCCAACCCCCAACACCACCACCACCCCCAUGGGCCCCAUCCCCUUACCCCCACCUCCGCCGCCGCACUUCUCCGCCGGCAAACCACCAUUUCUUCCCUUCCCGACGACCUCCUCCUCGAAUGCCUCUCACGGGUUCCCCACUCUUUCCUUCCUUCCCUCCCCUUGGUGUGCCGUCGCUGGUCGGAGCUUCUCGACUCCCCCACCUUCCACUCCCUCCGCCGCCGCCACAACCUCCUCCGUGUCACCCUCUUUGCUAUUUCCAUUUCCGACCACUCUUCGCUCUCCACCGCUAGUCUCUGCUUGAACUAUGAAUCUGCCUGGAGAGUUUCUUCUUUUCUUCAUCACGGCUCGUUUUUGUCUCUCUUCUCUCAUUCCCGUUUGGUGGCCAUUGGCCGGAGAAUUUACGUUAUUGGUCGGACGGCGAUGCUCCGGUAUGACACGUGGACUGGCGCCGCGGUCUCCCUACCCGGACCGGUUGCUUCGAGGAAGAAGUUCGCCACCGCGGUCGUCGCCGGGAAGAUAUAUGUCGCCGGUGGCUGUGCGCGGUCGGAGGCGGUGGAGGAGUAUGAUCCGGAGAGCGAAACGUGGCGCGUGGUGUCCAUGGCGCCGAGGAAACGGUACGGCUGCUUCGGCGCGUCGGUGGACGGAGUGUUUUACGUGAUCGGCGGCUUGAGAAUCGGCUCAUUGGGAAAUGAAGGCUUGGUCGUUCCGGGAUCACGUGCCAAGGGGUCGGACGCCGCCGCGCACGUGUACGCCAGCUCGAUGGAUUUGUAUGACGUGGCAGCGAGCCAGUGGCUCAGGAGCCGCACCGUCCCUGGCGGCGGCUGCGUGGUGGCGGCUUGCGCCGCAGCCGGCUUCGUUUUCGUGCUCUCGAGCCACGCCGUGGAGCUGUCGUUUUGGAAAUUUAACGGCGCGCGUAAAUCCAGCGGCUUCGGAGAAUGGUACAGGAUAAGGGCUCCGCCGCUACCGGCGCAGGUUAGACUUGACAGCACGGUGAGGUUCGGGUGCGUAGCGGUGGGGGAAAAGGUGGUGCUAAUCCAAGUAACCGGCUGUAUAGACGACCUGCUACGGCGGAGCGGGAGGACGGAGAGGGGAUUAAAGGAAGGAUUGGUGUUGGUGUACGACUGCGCCACCGGAGAUUGGAGUAGAGGGGUGGAUUUGCCGGAGGCGAUUCGACACGCCGCCUGCGUGUCCGUUGAGUACUAACUUGCGCAUGCCGUGACCCGAUGCGCCUCUUAAGCCGUUUGGUUGUAUGUGAAACUUUUGACCCGUUGAUGCUUUUGAGGCAUGGGAAUUUGCUUAAAGAUUAGGGCUAUUUUGGGGAGCGAAAUUCGGGUCAAGUAAUUGGAGAAAAUGAAGGUUCUGCCAUUGGGGAUCGAACCUAUGAACUCCUAUUUUUUAGAGUCAUUUCACGUCUACUAGAUUACAAAGUCAUUCAUAGCAAAUAUGAAAUUUAAUUGAGAAGGAUAAUGAAAUAUUACAAUCUUAUUUUA